AUGGCAGGUACGAAGGACAAGCUCAUGCGUUUCUUGAGCUCAGUACUUCCAAAGGUCAGCGACGAAGCACAUGAGGGACAGCAACCGGGCUGGAACAGCGAUUCAUCCGAUCAGUUCAUCCGAGAUGUUGAGGAGGGUAUCAAGGCCGCACCAAUGUCUAUUCGCCUUACGCCUCACAUCCUCAGCAUUAUCGAUUGGAGGCACCCUGUUGAAGACCCGAUCCGCUGUCAAUUCAUUCCUCUGGCCACUACGAUCGUCCCGGAUCAUGCUGCAGUGUCAUUGGAUUCAUUACACGAGACUGACGAUUCGCCUUUGGAUGGCCUUGUCCAUCGGUAUCCCGACAAGGUGCUCUUCCUCGCGACAUCAAUCUGCCCGGUAUACUGUCGGUUCUGCACCCGAUCGUACUCCGUCGGUGGUCCCACCGAAUCCGUCACGAAAGCUUCCAUGAGGCCAACGCUUCGGAGAUGGAAUGCGAUGUUCGACUAUAUUGCUCAAACACCAGCAGUCCAAGAUGUGGUGGUUUCAGGCGGCGACUCUUACUAUCUUGCACCCGAUCAUGUGCGGCUGGUUGGCGAACGGCUGCUGGACAUGCCUAAUAUCAAGCGCAUUCGCUUCGCCACCAAAGGUCUCGCUGUCAACCCAGCUCGCAUUCUCGACUCCAAGGACGGGUGGGCCGAAGCUUUCAUCGAUGUCAGCAACAAAGGUCGAUCUGUGGGCAAGCAGGUGGCCAUGCACACGCACUUCAAUCAUCCGAAGGAGAUCAACUGGGUUACAGAGCUUGCCGCCCGUCACUUGUUCGAACGCGGCGUUAUAGUUCGAAACCAGACCGUGCUAUUGAAAGGAGUUAAUGACGACAUCGAAACCAUGUCGAAGCUCAUUCGCCUGCUGGCGGACCUCAAUAUCCAGCCGUACUACGUUUAUCAAGCAGACAUGGUACGCGGGACAGAAGACCUGCGCACGCCGCUAUCCACCAUCCUCGAGCUGGAGAGGAACAUCCGAGGCACGAUUGCUGGCUUCAUGACACCGUCGUUCGUGGUAGAUCUUCCUGGUGGCGGCGGAAAGAGAUUGUCCAACAGCUUCGAGACUUACAAUUCCAUUACUGGCAUCAGCACGUGGAAGGCGCCGGGCGUGACUGGUGACAAGAUCUUCGAGUAUCAUGAUCCGUUGCCGAGAGUGGCAUGA